AUGGAUCGCUUAUUAACACAUGUUCGUUCACGAGCAUUAUUAUUUCUUUCUCCAAAUCGUCAAGUAUCUUUAUAUAAAACAAAUAUAUUCGAUUUAAAAUCUCGUGCUCUAAUAAAUAUACUCAAUCAAUUAGAUGCAUCAAAACAAACUUCAACAAUUCCAUCGUCUAAUAAUGAUACAUCUUAUGAUUUUAAUACACAUUUUCCAUUACCAGGACAUAUUGGAUUUUCUUAUGAAACAAAAACAAUAUCAAAAACUUUUCAAGAAAAAGAUUCAAAUGAACAAUUAAUAAAUACAUAUUCAUCAUUAUCAACAAAUAAUGAAAAAGAAUUUUUAAAAAAAUUAAUAAAUUAUAAAAAUUUAGAAAUUCGUACAUAUGAUUGUUCAUCAUUAUUAUGUUCAAAAUUAAAUAAUUUAUUUUUAAAUUAUAAUAUAUUAACACAACCAUUAACAGCUAUAACAAUAAUAUUUAAAACAAAUUCAGAUAUGUCAACAUGGUCAAUAGAAGUUGAAAAUGAACGUUAUCAAUUAAUUGAAAAAUUUAAUAAAUUAGCUCAAGAAAUAUCAACUUAUUUAAAUUCAAAAAAAUAUUGGGUAGAUUUUAUUGAUCCAUCAAAUGGAAAACCUUAUUAUGGAUCAUCAACGUUAGAUACAUUAUUUGAAACAGAUGAACGUUUUCGUAAUUUUGGUAUUAAUAUUGUUGAUUUAGGUUGUUGUCGAGUUAUUCAGCAUUUACAAUAUGGUACUCAUGUAUUUGUUGGUUGCAUAUUUACAAGUGCAUCAAAGAUAGAUCCACAUGUUCAAAAUCUUCUUAAAGAAUUCGAUAUUUCUAAUUGA